AAUUUGUUAAUUUGUUUUUUUUUCUUUAACCGAGUAAAGAAUUUUAUCUCAUCCAUAAUUAUUUUUAUAAAUGUAAUAAAUACACAAGUAAGACCUUGAAACUUCGGUUCAGGGACUUGUUGGAUUUGUAUAUUCACAAAGAUUUGUUGUUUAAUAACAAUUAAGUCGCGUCAGGUGUGUGAAUCAGUGUGUGCUUCGAAUUAAUUGUUAUAUUAUUACGUUUAAUAUUUAUUUAAUAUGGAGAAGCCUAAAACCCCAUUUUUUCAAACAAGUCGGAAUGCAUUAGAACCAUCCAAUUUACGCAAUCGUUUCUUACGACUAUAUGAAACCGCAGAAUGGAGUGACUGUUCAUUUAUUAUUGACGGCACCAUUAUAGACGCGCAUCGAUUAGUUUUAGCAACAAGCAGUCCUGUAUUUGAAGUCAUGUUAUAUGGACCAAUGGCACAUAAAGAUACUAUACCCAUAACAGAUAUGGGUAUUAAUGAAUUCAAACAAUUAUUAGGAUUUAUUUACACAGACGUUGUCAAAAUUGAGUCUAUUGACAAUGCAUGGUGUUUAUUAUAUGCUGCCAAAAAAUAUUUCCUUCAUGUUUUGCAGCAACAGUGUUCUGAAUUUAUUAUAAAUAAUUUAAGCGCGGCAACUGUAUUAAUUUCAUAUGAGCUAGCGAAUUUAUUCGACGAACAUACGAUUCAAAAUACGUGUAUUGAUAUGUUAAAAAAGUAUACACCUGAAGUAUUAAAUUGUGACUACCAUGUGGGUGCCCAAACUCUAACUACAAUUUUGGAUCAAAAUACAAUGAAUGUCUCAGAAUGGGAUUUAAUUUGUGCAGCUAUUGAAUGGAGUGAAGAUGAAUGUAAAUAUCGUGAUAUUCAAAUUACACAAAAAAAUCGCAGAGCUGUCUUACAAGAGGCUGGUGCUAUGUCGAAAUUACGUUUUAUGACCCUCCCUGUAGAAUAUUUGAACCAUGCUGUGUUAUCGAAAAUUCUAAGCGAUACCGAAAUUUAUGUUCUUCAACAUAUAAACAAAAUAAACGACCCAGUAACGGCCAAGGAUAACAUGUUAUUUGAUUUCAAUUCAGAAAAGCGACAACGAUUCCGAGUAGCAUUACCAUUUUAUACAGCAACACGUUGGAUUUUAAAAGGCGCCAUGAUUUUACGCAUAAAUUCGUUGAAUACGACAGUAAAAACUUUUGUUACAGCAAAUCGACGUGUUCUAGUCUCAAGUUUCACAUUGCCGACUCGGCUGGUCCCACGUUGGAUUACACAUUCAAACAAUGAAGCGAAUAAUGUUUACUUAGAAGUUUUCACUGUGUCAGUGACCAAUUCUCGUACAAAGACUAAAGUGAUUCCAGAUACAAAUAUACGUACAACCGUACCAAAUAGUUCUAGUUUACAAGUAAAAUUAAGUGAACCAGUGACUUUCGAUUCAGGUGUACCAUAUCAAAUUGAAAUUAUAUGGCCCUUUGAGAAUUAUGAUUUUAACGGUUAUGAGUAUUCGCUAGAUUGUUUAUCGACGUACGCGGAACGUAAAGGGACUCGAUUUGUGUGUAUUUCGGAAUAUGAUUUAAUACAAUCGAUAUCAUAUUCGCCGUAUAGUAUGUAAAUUUAUUUAUA